AUGCCCUUCGAGCCGCGAAAUGCCACCGAGGAAGAGAUCCAGGCUCUUCCAAAUACAGUCGAUAUAAUUCCACGAGCUGUCUGGGUUGUUACCAUAGCUGCUGCAGCGGAGAGAUUCUCUUUCUAUGCCAUCACAGCUCCUUGGCAAAACUACCUACAGAAUGCGGCCAGUGACACAGAUCUCCCUGGCGCACUAGGUCUUGGGCAAAGCCUUGCUACAAACAUCAACAAUGCGUUCUUAUUCUUUGCUUACAUCACGCCUCUACCGUUAGCAAUCAUAUCUGAUCUUUGGCUGGGUCAAUAUAAGACCCUGUGUAUUAGCUUAGGGUUCUACAUAUGCGGUACUACUGUGUUAAUCGCAACAUCUCUUCCAACCAGCCAGCAAAACGGCGCCGGUGUUCCUGGGUUAGCCGUCUCCAUGGUUCUAAUUGGUCUUGGUGUGGGUGGCGUUAAAGCUACUAUCUCCCCUUUUAUGAUUGACCAGUAUACGAACGUCAAACCGCGUCUUCUCCAAAGCAAAAAGGGCAGCUACGCCAUCGGUCAAAGAACACUGACUAUCCAGUAUAUAUGUAAUGUCUUCUAUUGGGCUACUAAUAUUGCCGGAUUAUCUUAUUUUGCAUCAACCUUCUUGGAGAGAAAUGUUGGAUUCUGGGCUGCCUAUCUACUUUCUCUAUGCACUCUUCUUCUAGCGCUUGUGAUCCUCCUACUUUGGGGGAAACAUGUUGUCAAAAUACCACCUCAAGGGAAUAUUUUGCCUCAGGUAGGGAAAUGUCUUGCGUUUGGAGCUCGCAAUGGCUUUCGGCUAGAAAGGGUGCGGCCAUCCUACCAGCUCGAGCACUUUAACAGACUGGUGCCCUGGACCGGCGCAUUUGUAGACGAGAUGAAACGUGGGAUCAUUGCUUGCCGAGUAAUAUUCUCCAUGGUCCUAUUCUAUCUCUGCUACAACCAAAUCUCUACAAACCUUGUUUCUCAAGCCGGGUCGAUGCAGCUUGGUGGCUUUCCUAACGAUGCCAUCCAGGUCUUAAAUCCCAUUGCCUGCAUCAUAAUCGGUCCCAUCAUCCAAAACGGUCUUUAUCCUAUUCUGUUAAGGCAGAAUAUAGACUUUGGUCCUAUUGCACGUAUUACUGCGGCUUUCUUUCUCAUGGGAGCCUCGAUGGCUUAUGCUGCGGGAGUUCAGCAGCUUAUCUAUUCGCGCGGCCCAUGCUAUAACAUGCCGUUGAAUUGUCCUGCAUCUGAUGGAAGAAUUCCGAAUACAGUCAGCGUUUGGGUCCAGGCGCCGCAAUACUUGAUUCUAGCCGUGUCUGAGAUUUUCGGCUUUGUGACGGUCUCUGAGUAUGCGUACUCGAAAGCACCUACCAACAUGAAAGCAUUGGUCCAGGCCCUUACCCAGUUCACGGCAUGUAUUGCUUCAGCUGUGGGCAUGGGAAUCUCCCCGGCAGCCAAGGACCCACACAUGGUUAUCUUUUAUGCAGUGUUGGCGGGUGCGACAGCCGCUGUAUCGCUUCCUUUCUGGUGGGUCUUUGAACAGUAUGAUAGGAUUGACGAACGCCUGAACCGGUUGGAGCAAGCGGAAGAGGAAGCCUCCGGAAAUCCCUGA